CGCCCGCGAUCCACCUUCCAAUAAAAAAUAGUCACGAACAAGAUCACAACACGAUCGCGACAAUGAGCGAGUCGAAUACAAAGCCGUCACUGCUCCCCCAACCGGGCAAGCAAAAUAUUCUAAUCACGAGCGCCUUGCCUUAUGCGAACAACGUUCCACAUCUUGGCAAUAUCAUCGGUAGUGUCCUGUCCGCAGAUGUAUUUGCUCGUUUCUCUAGAGCACGCGGCUUCCCGACAUUGUACAUUUGCGGCACAGACGAAUAUGGCACGGCCACCGAGACCCAGGCCCUUGCUGAAGGUGUAGAUCCUGCCACUCUCUGCACCAAGUACAACGCCAUUCAUCGCGAUAUCUACUCUUGGUUUAAGAUCGAUUUCGAUAUCUUUGGCCGCACCCCAACUGCCCAGCACACAGAAAUUGUCCAACAGAUCUUUACUCGUCUGUGGGAGAAUGGCUUUAUCGAAGAACGAGAAACCGAACAAGCCUACUGUCCUGCGCAUAACUCUUUCUUAGCCGAUCGUUUUGUGGAGGGUGAAUGCAGUCUGUGCCAUGCAGCGGGGGCCCGUGGAGACCAGUGCGACGCAUGUGGAAAUCUUCUUGACCCCUUAGAGCCGACCGAGGACACCAAGGCAGAGUCCGGCGAAGACCGAAAAGCCACUGGCUGGCUAGUGAAUCCUCACUGCAAACUCGACGGCGCAACCCCAGAACGACGAACAACAAAGCAUCUCUACCUCAAGUUAGAUGCACUACAACCCGAAGUCAAAUCUUGGCUCGACAACGCUGGUGAUAUCAAAGAUUGGAGCUCUAAUGCUAUAGCUAUCACACAAUCGUGGCUCAACGACGGACUGAAGCCACGGAGUAUCACAAGAGAUCUUAAAUGGGGUGUACCAGUCCCCACAGGUCUCCCCGGCUUAUCAGGGGGCGAUUACGAUGGAAAGGUUUUCUAUGUUUGGUUCGAUGCAUGCAUUGGCUAUCCCUCGAUCACCAAAUGUUAUACCGACAGAGACGACACGACAGGAAAGAAUUGGGAAAAAUGGUGGAAGAACCCGGAUAAUGUUUCCUUAUACCAGUUCAUGGGCAAGGAUAAUGUCCCAUUCCACAGCAUUAUUUUCCCAGCUUCUCAGCUCGGUACCCAAGAAAAGUGGACCCAGGUUCACAAAUUGUCCACCACGGAGUAUCUUAACUACGAAGGCGGCAAAUUCAGCAAAUCAAAGAGCGUUGGAGUAUUCGGAAACAGCGCAAAGGAUACCGGUGUACCUGUUGACGUGUGGAGAUACUACUUGCUCUCAAGACGUCCGGAAACCAGCGAUUCCGAGUUUAGUUGGCGAGAGUUUGUCGAUGCCAACAACAACGAUCUACUCAAGAAUCUUGGCAACUUCUGCAACCGUGUUGUCAAGUUUGCUCAUGCGAAGUUGAAUGCUGUGGUACCCGACUAUACCAAGUACCAGGAUUCGGACGGCUCGAUAAAACAAUUCACAGAAGAGGUCAAUGGAUUGCUUCAAACCUAUAUUUCAAACCUCAAUGCCACCAAGCUACGAGCUGGUCUUUCUACGGCUCUCAGUAUCUCGGCUGUAGGUAACAAGCUAUUGCAAGACAAUAAGCUUAGCAACCAGCUACUCACUGAAGAUCCGGAACGAUGUAACGCCGUUGUCGGUGUUGCCCUCAACCAUCUUCACCUUCUCGCAAAUAUCCUGUUCCCAUACCUUCCAGAGACCGCCGAUGGGAUCCUCCGCCAAAUCGGCGUUCAAGGUUCCGGUAAUAGCCGCUUUGCCAUUCCGGAUACUUGGACACCCAACACCAUUCCACCCGGACAGGCUCUCGGAGAACCCAAACUAUUAUUCUCUCUCAUCCCCACGGAGAAGGCUGAUGAAUGGCGUGAGGCCUUUGGAGGAGAAGAGUUGCGAAAGCAGAAGGCUAUUGAGAUGGAAAAGGCAGCAGCGAAGAAAGCCGCAAAGGAGAAGGAGAAGGAGCGCAAGAAACUCAAGAAGCAAGCCCUCGCCGCUGGUGGCGACUCGACAAAGGUGCCUACGGAAAAGCUACAGAGUCUGAACAUCACAGACGCUGCGGGCAGCAAGCCGCCCCAGGAACCAGCAAAAUAAGGGACAAAUCAGGCUUCCCGCAAAUUUCAUGCAUGGAUAUGAUGUCGUUAGUAGGGCGCUGGUAUAGAGGUUUCUGCAGAGACACCUUCAUUUGAAUUGGGGUGUAGUUAGCGUCUAGAGGUUGCGGAUGAUCUAAACAGCUACGGAUGGAAUUGGGAUUUGCAAAAUAAAAUGGAGGAUAUUGUUCAAUCUUCUGAUUCAAUGGCGUUUUGAUAUCACGCCGCUGUUCUUCUUACACAGGAAGGCUUAGAAGAUAUUGGUAUUAGGUGUUUCCGCGUUUCAUAUCAUUCUACCAACAUAGCGAAAUGAUACUACACCCUUACCAUCACAUAUGGAUUGACUUUCACCUGCUUGCCCAGG